AUGAAUUCAAGCUUUCAAAUUAGGCAUAGAAUUACAGAUGAUAAUGAAGUUUCAAUUGACAAAAAAAUAACAAAAAACAACUUAUCUUUUCUUGAAAAAUGUAGAAUUUGUGAAGAGCUUUUAGUUAAACCAAAACUAACACAAGAAGAAUUAGCAGCUAAAUAUAAUGUCACUCAAACAGCAAUCUCUAAAAUUUUUAAAAAUAAGGAUAAAUAUCUUGCUUUAGAUUCAGAAACAACAGACUUAAAUAAAAAAAGAAAUUGUCAAGCUGCAUUUCCUGAAAUUGAAGAAGCAGUUGUUAUUUGGUUCUCAUGUGCUCGCAUAAGUAACUUAACAGUAACUGAUGAUGUUCUUAAAAAAAAGGCAUUGGACUUUAGAGAUUUGCUUCAAAUUAAUAAUUUUACAGCAUCUGAUGAAGAAGAACAUGUUAAACUAAAAGAUAUCAUUAGGCAAUAUGAUUUAAACAAUGUAUUUAAUGCAGACGAGACAGCAUUGUAUUGGGAACUUGAACCAUCAAAAACAUUAGCAACUGGACCUGUUGUUGGUACCAAGAAAUCAAAAAAUUGA